UAUAUUCAAACAAUUACAUGUAGUAUAUAAAAUCAUCUUUACACAACUAUAGUAGUUUUCUCGGUACAAUCUGACAACCGCCAAGCCAUUUCAGCCUUUUUACUUCACGGUCUCGUCUAGGUGCAUACACUAAGCAGUCAUGGAGCAGAUGACAUUACGUGGUACCCUUAAGGGUCACAAUGGAUGGGUGACUCAAAUCGCAACUACUCCGGCUUAUCCAGACAUGGUUUUAUCAUCAUCUCGGGAUAGAAGUAUUAUAUUAUGGAAAUUAACAAGAGAGGAGGGAAGAUAUGGUGUACCACAGAGAAGAAUGACUGGCCAUUCCCACUUUGUUUCUGAUAUCGUUAUCUCAUCAGAUGGCCAAUUCGCUCUUUCUGGAUCUUGGGACGGCGAGUUAAGAUUGUGGGAUCUCACUUUGGGAGUUAGCACUCGUCGCUUUUGUGGACAUACUAAAGAUGUCCUAUCUGUUGCAUUUUCCACUGAUAACAGGCAAAUUGUAUCUGCCUCUCGGGAUCGCACAAUUAAGUUGUGGAAUACACUUGGUGUGUGCAAAUACACCAUAAUGGAUGAUGGACAUUCUGAUUGGGUCUCCUGCGUCAGAUUCUCACCAAAUUCAGGCAACCCCGUUAUCGUGUCAUGUGGAUGGGAUAAGAUGGUUAAAGUUUGGAAUUUAACUAAUUGCAAACUGAAGACCAACCAUUAUGGCCACACUGCAUUCUGCAAUGGCGUUACCGUUUCACCUGAUGGAUCUCUCUGUGCUUCUGGUGGAAAAGAUGGACAAGCUAUGCUCUGGGAUCUCAACGAAGGAAAACAUCUUUAUACUCUAAAUGGUGAUGGUGAAAUUCAUGCAAUGGCUUUCUCACCAAACCGAUAUUGGCUUGCUGCAGCAUGUGGACCUUGCGUCAAAAUCUGGGAUUUGGAAGGAAAAGUUAUCGUUGACGAGCUGAAACCAGAGCUUAUCAACAUGCCAAACAGCAAAGCUGAUCCACCAGAAUGUCUUUCACUAGCUUGGUCCUCCGAUGGUCAAACCCUUUUUGCUGGUUAUGCGGAUAACUUGAUAAGAGUUUGGCAAGUAUCUGUACCAGCACAUAUUAGUUAGGAGGAUCAUGAUUCUGCAUGAAUUAUUGGAAUACUCAUUCGACAAAAUGAAUGGGAAUAAUGUAUAAGAAUGUGUUCCAUACAAAAAUUAAAUAUUCCAACCAAUA